GGUUAAUAAUUGUUUUGUUUUUUUAUUAUUGUUUUGUCAAAAUUGAGAUUAGUGUUACGUAAAAAUUCCAGUGAAAAAUGACGAAACUACUUUACAUUAUAACAUUUUACUGUCUUCUCGGUUUAAUUGCGACAACACAAGGUGAUGAGUAUGAGCCCCCAAAAAGCAUAGGAUAUCCGUUUGGCGACGAAGAUUUAAACGCUGAUAUAAGCGAGGACCGUGUGCAGGAAGAACCCAGGGAAAUAAGUGUUGAAAUAAUUAAGGACAUUUACACAUUUUGUCCUAACAAAAGUGACGAUGAAGAAGACCGCUUUUAUGAAGAGCUACCCUACAAUGAUAACUCAUGUUCAAAGUGUGAUGUAAGACCAACAGUUGACAAAACCGGAGUUCUUGUAGAAUGCUAUAACUGUUCUGACGUUUCAACGUUGACAACGGCGACAGACGAUUUUGCGUCGGGUGGUCAUAUUUUAUUUUUAACCACAUAUUUGGAAAUAGCAAAUUACACUGCAAGUUCGGAAGACACCUAGUGAAGUAGCGCACUUAAUAAUGUACUGAAAAAGAACAAAUAAAAUAUUUAUUUUGAAUUUUAAA